AUGACAUAUUUUACUACCUUGAAAUCUGCGGUACCUUUAGUUUGUCCUAUCGGGUCUUUCAUUCCUCACGUUUCAUGCAUGCAUAAAAUCGAUCAAUUUGGCAGAGUUUCGGAGCUUAUUCACAAUGCUUCUCUAACUUAUGAUGUGUCAGAAAAAUUGGAGCUUCUUUAUCAAGUCAAAGAAUUGAUACUUAAUUUUGAUCGUUCUCUUCUCAACGUUUUCUUUGAUGAAGUCGUUUCAUUUCACGUGCGCAGGUAUACAGAUUUAAAACUGUUUGUGAUCAAAUUUAUUGAGGAGGCGUGUUUGGCAGAUUCUAGCCUGAUUCCAAGGUCUAUUAUUACUUUAUGUCAUCUUUACGGCAGAAGUCUUCAUGCCGAGCCUCCUGUAGCAGUGGUAUUGAAGUCAAUUGUGGAAUCCAUGCAAGUUGUCUAUACGAUCUCUCUUUCGCAUUUCAUUGAGGACACUGAAGGGAACUCUUCUGCCCCUGAAAACUUUCGUUCUGUGUGCAACUUCAGGAAUGAAAUAUUCAGUUUGUUUAUUCCGCUACUUGGUGCCUCAUUGCAAUCCCGAUCAACUCUAAAUCAACUUUGUGCAAAUCUAGGGAGUAAAGUUCGAAACCCUAUUUUGAAAUUUUUUGAAAUGGUCAUAGUUCAACAGUCAAAUAUUCCUCCUAUUUCCCCGAAAUUAACUGAUCAAUGCUCAACCUCCACAGUUUUACCUAGCUCAAAACAGAAUCAUUUGUUCGCAGAGGCCAAAAUGUUUUUAUCUGGUCUACAAAAUAUUGUCUUAAAACCUGACCGAAAGCAAGAAUUCCCAUUUGUGUUGACUGGUCCUUUUCUUUCAAGCCUUCUCAACAGCUUCGUUAGUAUUGCUAAACAGUGUCCUCACUUUUUCGGUGGAAUUGUGGAAUUCUUUGAAAAUACUCGUCAAAUGCUUCCAUUUAUCAUGAACCGAUCUCAAGUGAAAUCGAUGAAGACAAGAAUGAAAUCCAUUCUACUUAGUCUGAUCUUCUAUUCCGAGGGGACUUCUUUUAAUUAUCGAAAUCGAAUUGAGAGUAUUCUUCACCGACUGGGGGCAACUCGGUUUGAGAUUACUUACGGUAUCUCUUUCCCAGAUUGUCGAUCCACCUUUAAUAAUCCUGUUGAAAGUGGUGUCAAAUGUUAUGAUCUCGAUACUUCUUUCUCUUCAGGGAAAGGUGAAUCAACUUCUCUAAUUGAUGAAAUAACCUGCCAUAUUAUUCCCAAAUUGACCCUUCCUAAUGUCGUUGACUUACUGAUUCUAAGUAUGGCGAAUCUCCCAUCCGAACUACCGUCCAACUUUAAAUCUCUUAUCCCAUUUGACGACCCCAAGGUUCAUAUUCGUCCCUUGGCCAAUAAUUUAGCAUCUCAGAUGGUUUCUUGGUCAAAAUCCGGCGACCUAUCAAAUCAGACUUUGUUUAACCAGUUUCUAAACACACAUUCAAAACAGAACGCAUUCAAUGCUGAAAAGCUAGUUAAACCGAUUCCUUCCUAUCGCAGAUGUUCUUUUAAGAAUGAUGCAUUAAAGCGUAUUCUAUCAUUUAAUCCCGCCCUUAGUUAUCCUAAGGCGUUCAGCAAAUGCCCUGCUUUGGAUAUAAAAGCCGGCACUCGAUCAAAAUUGAUCUUGAUAUUGGCCCUUGGGACCCCUAAAUUGAGUGAUCUGAGUAAACUUAUUUUUGAGAAGGCAAUGUGUAAACCGGAGGAAAAUUUUGAUCUUCUUAUGAGUUUGUUGACUCAUGAAUACUCAAAGUUGAAGUAUUUUGCGGAAACUGGUAGUUGUCCAGAGCCUAUGGAUGCUAGCGGUGGAGAAAAUGGGGGAUCAAGAAAAACAUCUAUAACUUCAAUUGGGUCGAAUUUAAAUUCUUACGAGGCCCUCUUCAAUAAGAUUCUGCAUCGAAUUGCCGAACCUAGCAUACAAAAACCGUACUUGAAUAGAUUUUUCCUGGAAUCGCCUUCAUACCCUCCCGAUGUGAUAAACUUUUUCAAAAAGUACUGCUCUGUACCUGAACAAGCUGAAUAUGGCUUUGAGAUAAUACGAGUACUAAUCGAAAUAAAGCCAUCACAGUGGCGGGACCAACUCCUAAGCUUCCUUUUUAGUUUCUCCGCCUUCGAAGAACCAACCGUUCGAAAUGCAGCGAUAAAGGCAGCUUGGAAUUUGGCUGAUUCGAGUUCACAUCUUGAAAAAAUUGUUGAGCAACACGCCGUGGGGCUUAUGAAAAGACUUCUCCAACCCAAACCGACAGACGAAAUGUUCUCCGACUUGUGUGUGCAACUUCCCACUUUAACGGACAAAUGGACAACAGAGAUCUGUAAAUUGUGUUCCCACUUUUUCUUUGGUAUCUUACCCCGCAAACAAGGCAGUUUACUUCCUCUUCUUGCAGAAGUAUACGUUUCAGGCAAUGAGACAGUCCAAACCUUUAUCCUUCAAAAUAUGGAUGAUGCUAUUUGCCAAAUCCGUCUUCUCUCACCACACAUUCGAUUCCUCCUCCGACACUGUCCCCUGGGCGCCGAAUCCCUUCUCGUUCGGAUUCUCCACACUCUUACAGACCCGAAGAAAGUGACUCCAGAAAGACCAAAUGUCCAAAUUAUGCCUCCACGGCCAGUAGUAGAGUCUAUGCUUCAGUUGUGCCGUGAAUGCGGAAAUGAUGCCCGCUUUAUUAUCCCAGGGAUUGUUGGUCUAAGUAAGACGGAGGUGACCGAGUUUUUGCCGAGAUUAUUCCAACUUGGAGAUACCUUUGUCAAACUGGCUGUUUCUCGGCUGCUUAAAGGUUGGUCUCUUAUCAAUCUAGCAAGCUUUGGUACUCAACCUCCUCCUGAUCCAGAUAGAGUUGAAUUAAGUUGCCAGUCCCCCUCGGAAAAUGUUAAAGUAGAACCAAUGACGCCUGCAGAUCUCUUAGUCGCCAUCCACCUACUUGAAUUCAUAAAAAUUCCGAAAGCAAGUGGUCAAACAGAGCAGAAAUGUGGUCCCAACGUGGAUCCCAGGUCAAUUCAACAAGCGAUCAAAUACUGCCUUAAGCACCGUCAAGUCUUUACUCCCAAGCGAUUAGCGGAUGUUAUAAACCGAGUACUUAAUCACUCAACACAUCCUAAAGUUCUGUUUUUCACGCUUCUUCAAGGACUGGAUCUGCAUCCCAUACUCUCCGAAUUCACCCUAGAAUUCCUCCUCAAAAUGGUCAAGAGACAGGUAUGGAAUACAAAGCAGCUAUGGGAUGGUUUCAUUCAGAUCUGUUUGAAAAUUAAGCAAAAGAGUUAUGAGGCUCUUUUGAAGCUUCCACCGAAACAUCUUCGAGAUGCCUUUACAAAGUCACCGGAGCUGUUUUCCACGAUACGACAGUUUGUGGAGAAAUUUCCACCCGCAAGUCGAUCUCGUGUUCCUGUGCAAUUUCUGAGAGCUCUCCAGCUGGGAGUAAAAUGA